CUCAAUACGUUCUUUUAAUUUCCAUAAUAUUUCAAAGCCAUGCAGCAUAACCAAGUUGCUAUGUUUUCUUUCCAACUCCCCUAUUUUAUUUUAUUUAUGCUAAUCUUAACAUUAGCCAAUGGCCAAUUUAUUAACACUAACACCACUUCUCCUCCCCCCACCACCACUCCCACAGCAUCUCCACCCACGAACGCCACUUCUCCGGCGACAAACACAACCAACACCGCCACCACAAUUACCAAAGCUGCUAAUAUUACAAAACCAGGAUGUCCGAGAAAGUGUGGGAACCUUACAGUACCAUACCCUUUUGGGAUUGGCUUAAGAUCUGGUUGUGCAUUAAACCCGAACUUCGAAAUCAACUGUGACACUAACACAACUGGUUCUGAAACACCCUUAAUAUAUAACAUUCAAGUCUAUGACAUCUCCGACUCGGAAAUGCGCAUAUCAAAUACCAUAAAUAGGAAGUGUUACUCACAAACAGGAGUUUUGGUUCAAGAUGAUCCUGCUUGGAUGGCUUUAGGAAGGUCAAGUCCUUACAGUUUUUCUUCUCUCAACAGAUACACCGUGGUUGGUUGUGAUGAUGGUGCUAUAAUGAACGGACUAAACUUCGCUAAUGGUUGCCCCGCUCUCUGCAGUAGCUCCAGUGAUGUAGUUGAAGGAAAAUGUAUGGGUUUUGGUUGCUGCCAAAUAACAAUACCAAAAGGAUUGAAAUCUUUCAAUACAUCUAUGAUAACCUCAAAAAAUCACACCGCAGUUUGGUCGUUUAAUCCAUGUGGCUACGCGUUUCUUGGUGAGGCGAGUAGAUUCGAGUUCGGGGGUGUGGAGGAUCUCACUGAUGUUAAUUUUGCAAAGAAAAUUAUGGAUAAUGUCCCUAUUGUGCUAGAUUGGGCCAUUGGUAGUCUUAGUUGUGUUGAAGCACGAAAACGUAACGAUUAUGCUUGCCUGGAUAAUAGCCAGUGUGUUGAUUCCGACACGGGAAAUGGUGGCUAUCGGUGCAAUUGUAACGGGGGAUAUGAAGGCAAUCCAUACAUCGGCCCUGGCUGCCAAGAUAUUGAUGAAUGUGCAGAUCCAAAUGCCAAUUCAUGUGAACAAAUUUGCAUAAACACGCUGGGGAGUUACAAUUGUUCUUGUCCAGAAGGAUACAGUGGUGAUGGCAAAAAGAACGGUCGUGGCUGUAUUGCACCGAGCUCGAACUCUGAGUUCCCAUGGAUCAAGUUUUCUGUAGGUAUGGGAGUUGGUUUUAUGUCCCUAAUAGUUGGGACAACUUGGCUAUAUUUCAGCAUCAAGAAAAGAAAACUAAUUAAACUUCGGGAGAAAUUCUUCCAACAAAAUGGUGGUUUGCUCUUGAAACAACGAAUCUCUUCUAACGAUGGUGGUGUGGAAGCAACCAAAAUUUUUACAGCGGAGGAAUUGAAGAAGGCUACGAACAACUAUGCCAGUGAUAGAAUUCUUGGUCGUGGUGGAAAUGGAAUCGUCUAUAAAGGUAUUCUACCUGAUAACCGCAUAGUUGCAAUUAAGAAAUCUAAGUUUGUGGACGAGGAUCAGACUGAACAGUUCAUCAAUGAGGUACUUAUUCUUACUCAAGUCAACCACAGAAACGUGGUGAGGCUCUUUGGGUGUUGUUUGGAAGCAGAAGUGCCUUUACUGGUCUAUGAAUACAUUUCUCAUGGAACUCUUUACGAGCACAUCCACAAUCGAAAUGGAGCACCUUGGUUAUCUUUGCAAAAUCGACUACGAGUUGCUAGUGAGACAGCAAGUGCACUUGCUUACCUUCAUUCAUCAGCGCAAAUGCCUAUAAUACACAGGGAUGUCAAGUCUGCCAAUUUAUUAUUGGACGAUGUUUACACUGCGAAAGUGGCUGAUUUUGGAGCUUCAAGGUUAAUCCCAAUCGAUCAAACGCAUCUUGCCACAUUGGUUCAAGGUACAUUAGGGUACCUGGAUCCUGAAUAUUUUCGCACAAGUCAAUUGACUGAGAAAAGUGAUGUUUAUAGUUUUGGAGUAGUUCUUGCUGAACUUUUGACCGGGAUGAAACCUAUUUCGAGGGACAGAAACGACGAGGACAAAAAUUUAGCAGAGUAUUUCUUUUUGUCCAUGAGAAAGAAUCAAUUGUUUCAAAUUCUUGACCGCAGAGUGGUAAGAGAAGGAAGCCUUGAACAACUCCAAAAAGUGGCUGAGCUAGUGAAGAGUUGUCUUCGUUUGCAUGGAGACGACAGACCUACAAUGAAAGAAGUAGCAUCGGAACUUGAAAGUUUAAGAAAGUUCACCAAAAAUAACCCUUGGGCUAAUGGACAUGGAAAUGAAGAGAAUGAAGCUGAAUCAUCAGAUCUUUAUACAAUUCCAAUUGAUUCUAAUACAGGUCUCAACAAUUUCUCCGGACAAUAUAGUUCCAACUCCAACACAAAUAGCAGCAACUUUUCUGGGCAAUAUAGAUCAGAUAGUUCUUCAGUGAUAUAUAGUACUCCUAAUUCAAAAUAGCCCAUUGAUCCAAAACAGAAGGGCAACAUGAUGAGUGAUGAAGAUUUAUGCCUUUUUAAUUCCUUUGAUCUUUCCCUUUCUUCAAUGUUGAAUUUUCUGAUGUAAUUUUCUUGCUUGUCAUUUGUUCUUUCCUCUUCGAAUUUUUGUUUACAUAGGGAACUAUUCCUUCUAGGUUCUAUUGCCUUGUGAGUCAAACUCCUACUUAAGCUAGCUUUUAAAUGUGUUGUUUCUCGUUUUAAUAUGAGAAAACUUGUUGUUUAUUC